AUGGCAAAACAACUUUCAAAAAUAACUAAUGCUAUUGAAAAUAUUCAUUUAGAAAAAAAUAGUAAAGAAUCAUCAUCAUCAACACAAGCAGAUGAUAUUGAACAAUUAUUUGAGAAUACAAUCACAUGUAUUCCUUGUUCUACCUGGAAAAAACAAGCACCAAAACAUCUAUUUACUUCCAUUAAAUCUUCAUUUGGCAUAUUUCAACAUAUUGAACAAAAAGUGGAUGAACCUCUCUCACAAUGA